AUGAGGAGCUGUACUUUCUUGGUCAUGGCCCCUUCCCUCUGGAAGAAGCUUUCUACAAAAGUUCACCAGGAGGAAACGUUGCGCAGCUGGGAGCGUGAACAAGCCGAGCUGAAGGCAAACGUGAUUGAACAAGACACGCAGGAAUGGCAGAGCAGCCCCUCCUUUGCUGGCCUGGAAAGAGUCGGAGGGGUGGACCUGUCUUAUGUCAAAGGAGACGACACAAGCGCCUGUGCUUCACUGGUGGUGCUCAGCUACCCAAACCUUGAGGUGCUGUAUGAAGACUGCUGCAUGGUGUCUGUGGGUGCCCCUUAUGUGGCAGGUUUCCUGGCAUUCAGGGAGGUCCCUUUUCUGGUGGAGGCACUGCAGCGGCUGGAGGAACGCAACCCUGCUCAUAAGCCUCAGGUGCUUCUUGUAGAUGGAAACGGCAUACUCCAUCACAGAGGGUUUGGCAUGGCAUGUCAUCUUGGUGUGCUGACAGGCUUGCCUUGCAUUGGUGUAGCCAAAAAUCUCCUGCAGGUGGAUGGUCUUGCCAGCGAUGAGUUGCACAAGGAGCAAAUCCAAGACCUCCAGGAUGGAGAUUCUUUCCCUCUACCAAGUAGUUCAGGGAGAAUCCUGGGUAUGGCCUUGCGCAGCUGUGCCAAGAGCACCAAGCCUGUCUACAUCUCAGUGGGCCACAAGAUGAGUCUCCCCUCGGCCGUGCGCCUGGUCCGCUCCUGCUGCAAGUAUCGGAUCCCCGAGCCCAUCCGCCAGGCAGACAUAAGAUCCAGAGAAUACAUCCGGAAACAUUUGGAGGCCACCUUCACUCCGUUACCUAAGCCAGAGAGGUGGAGAUGCAGCGAGGAGGUGCAUGCGCAGGGACUUGCCUCAGUGGCCUUCAAGUACUCCAGUUCUCCCAUCUCCUUCCCAGGGCGACUUUCCAUAUCGGGUGGCAGGAAAACGGCAUUUCUCCCUGAGGGUCCAGACUGGGUUUCAUGUGAAUGACUUGAAAACAACAGUGGGUGCAUCCAUUGCAAUGUAAACUGCAGAUGUGGAGAAAUCCGCGAAAGCUGUAAAGGAGCCUUCCCUCAACCUGGCACCUUCCAAAGAUGCAGGACUACAUCUCCUCUCAUCCCCAUCUUGCACAGUCUUUCUGGAGGAGGAGAGUGGUGGGCUGUGAUCGUUCAGCAUACCUGGAGAGCACCAGGUUUUGGGGUCUAGGAGGGUAGGUUUAACUCUGGGGACUCUUGCAGUUGGGGCAUUUGUAC